AUGACUGGUUCCAUCAAUCUUCCUUCUCAAAUACCAACAAUCGGCUUGACAUUGCCAUCGACUAGUGCUACAUUCCAACGACAACCAAGCAGAGAUGCUCCUCCAUCCGACCGUACGAGUAGUCCAAAUGAACCACAGAGAAAGAAGUUUGCCAGUACGCCGAAUCUGUCGGUCAAUGAUAGCGGUGACAAAUUGAUUCAAAGCGGGUCUUCCACCACAGCUAAUUCGAAAUCAAACAAAUAUCCAAGUACCUCGAAUCUACCCAUGAGUAGAAGUCGCGGUAAAAUUGCUGCAAAGCGACGUGUCGACAUGAAACGAACUAAAUUUGAUAACCAACUACCAAAGUCUCAACCGUCAAUUUUGAAAUGGUUUUCACUGGAUAAUCGAAUGCCGUCUACGAGUACUGCAUCAUCGAGCUCUACAGCUAUGCAAAGUGGAACGAUCAAAUCGGAUAAUCGAAUCCCGUCUACAAGUACUGCAUCACCGAGCUCUACAGCUAUGCAAAGUGGAGCGAUCAAAUCGGAUAAUCGAAUCCCGUCUACAAGGACUGCAUCACCGAGUUCUACAGCUAUGCAAAGUGGAACGAUCAAAUCGGAUAAUCGAAUCCCGUCUACAAGUACUGCAUCACCGAGUUCUACAGCUAUGCAGAGUGGAACGAUCAAAUCGGAUGCCGUCUACAAGUGCUGGAUUGCAGCCACCAACUAUUCAUCGUUCAAAAACAAUUGUGCCCGAACGCAAAGAUAA